UCUCUCUCUCUCUCUCUCUCUCUCUCUCUCUCUCUCUCUCUCUCUCUCUCUCCUAAAACAUAAUGCAUCUACUAAAAUCACCCACCGCCAUGAGAGGAGACCAUCCCCACCACCAAAAAAAAUUAAAGCUAGCCAAACCCAUCGCCUACCUCCUCCUCCUCCUCAUCUCCUUUACCCUAGGCUACCACUCCUCUUCUUCUCCCACCACCUCCUCCUCACCCCCCUCUUUUCCUCCUUCCGCCCCCAUUCUCCACCAACUAGCAAGCCUCCCAACUAACCUCGACCACUUCCUACUCACCACUCACUGCUCUCCCCCACUCCCUCCUCACCUCAUCCGCCAAACUCUCCUUGACCACCUUUUCAACUCCACCUCCCCCUUCACCAACUUCCCCCCUCCCCACGCCGCUCCUCUCCUCCGCCGUAGCCGCAUCAAAGGCUGGGGCUCCAAAGGCGCCGUUUUCCAAAACCUCAUCCAAAAACUCAAACCCCAAACCAUCAUCGAAGUUGGCACCUUCCUCGGCGCCUCAGCCAUCCACAUGGCGGAGUUAACCCACCAACUCGGCCUCAACACCACCCAAAUCCUUUGCCUCGACGACUUCCGUGGCUGGCCUGGCUUCCGCGGUCGAUUUAGCGACAUCAGCCUCCUAAAUGGGGACGUUCUUCUGCUUUACCAGUUCAUGCAGAACGUCGUGUCAGUAAACGCCACGGAGUCGGUUUUGCCCGUCCCGUUUUCGACCGGGGCGGGGCUUGACUGGCUUUGCCAGAUGGGCGUGUUUGGAGACUUAAUCGAAGUGGAUGCAGGUCAUGAUUUUAUUUCGGCAUGGUCCGAUAUUAACCGGGCCUACCGGAUUUUACGUCCUGGCGGAAUAAUAUUCGGGCAUGAUUAUUUUACGGCGGCAGAUAACAGAGGUGUAAGAAGGGCGGUAACUUUAUUUGCUCGAGUUUAUGGACUUAAGAUUAAGUUUGAUGGGCAGCAUUGGGUCAUUGACUCGAGUUAAAUAAACUUAAUUUGAUUGGUUAGGUCUCUAUAUAUUAAACUAUACAAUGUAAAUUUCGAAAUCUUAUAGAUGAUCAAAGCUUAUAGGCUUAUAGAGGGUUUUUUUUUUUUUUUUUUUUUUAAACAUUAUAGAGUUAAAUGUAUAUUUUACUAUGCUAUGAUUAAAUUUGAGUUGAUAUUUUUAUAUUCUUAAUUAUUUAGUCAUUUGAUGUUUAACUAUGUGAUUAACGUUGACAUGACACUUAAUGAUCUUUUAUUAAUGGCUUGAUGCUUGGUAUUGUAAGAAAAAAAAUAUAAAAGUGGCAUUUGAUGCUUGAUUAAUACUAUUAGAUUUGAAAUAAAUAGAAACUAAUUACUUGAAAAAGAACAAUGCGUGACAUUUUGUUCGGUUUCGUAUGGUUGUAGUUGCAUUCAUAAGUGAUACAUAUUAGGUGCGUAAUGAAACUGAUAUGAUUGAAUGAUAAAAAGGGUAACGCUAAUUUAAAUUAUAUUUUGUAAACCAUAUAAUGUGAUUAUUAAUGAUUGAAUUAUUAUUUAAGUGUUGACCAACGUGCUUAUUACCUCAAUUAUUUUGAUUUUGUGCAUUUAUCAUCCAAAAUCUCACUACAAAAAAAUAUGUUAUAUACCGUGCAAAAAAAAACACUUUGUAAUAUCAUUUAAGCGUGUAGCCUCAAACCAGUAAAAGCUCGAGUCAUGAAUAAUAUAGCUCACUUACGAAGCGUACGAUAAAUCACGAAUAAUUGCAAC